CAAAUUGUGUCAAAAUCAGUCAAAAAGAUUUCUGAAAUCUGAUACUUUCCUUGUGUUCAUUGUUUAUUUAUUACUUUAGAUAUUAAUCCAAUCAUUAAAAUGGAAUCAAACCUCACGAGUUUGUGGGUAAACUUCUUUACAGCAGCGGGUAUUCCGUCAGAUGUAGGCGCAACCUACGCUCUGACUUUUACAGAGAAUCGCAUACAAAAUGACAUGUUGCUUGAUUUGAACAAGGAAUAUCUCCGAGAUAUGGGCAUCACACGAAUGGGAGAUGUUAUUGCUAUACUGAGGCAUGCUAAGCAAGUACACGAAAGUACUGCUCGCGACAGAGUGCUUAGCACCACUGCGGUGGCAACCAAGGUACCCGUAGCUGCUGUCACAGGUCGUGCAACUGUAACACAGCCUUCAUCACCUGCAAGCCGUAUACUAGAACACUACACACGCAAUCCACAAGUACAGGAAACCUCUCCUGUAAAUUCAUCAUUACAGAAAAGGAAAUCAAAUGAAAUGAGUGAUGACAAUGAGGUGGAGAUGAAAAAGGCACGGCAUAUUCGUUUUUCGUCGCUGGCACCACAAACUACUGCGGUUAAAGAUAAUGGUGCAUCUAGUAAACAGACUGUAUUUGCGCGUUUGGGGAAUUCUGAAGUUGCCAAACCUGUCACACUAAAACCAGUUUCUAAACAGAUUUUUUCUAGAUUGGGCUCGAAGUCUGAAGAGAAGGAUAAUGUUCAAGUUAUCCCAAUUCAAAAGGACGCUCUUAAAUACAAGGGCAUACUUAAAGGGGUUCCUAUAGUGAAAAAAGUAUAUAUGGUUACUGCAUCUAAGAAUAAUGUAAGGAAAAUUGCAGUCGGGACAAUGCGUGCUGAUGAAAGCCCAAUCAGUGUCAAAGAAAAACUGGCAUUGCCUAAAGCAAAAUCUGUCAAAUUCUCAACUCAUGUAGAAUAUAAAGAAAUUGAAGGGACUAAAAAGAAUAUUUUGAAUAAUCAAGUUCCAGCACCAAAGAAUCCACCUGUCAAUGUCAUUAAGAAAGUUUUGACGCCAAAACACACACAGGUAUUUAACAAACCAGAGCGAAGAUUGUCUAUGCCGGAGGAUGUUGGAGUUAAGUCUAGAUUAGGAAAUAAGAGUCCUAAAGAUCUGACCAUCACAAGAAAUGUUUUCAAUAGAUUAGGUGUUUGAUGACACGAUUUUUUUUUUAUUGAAGAAUUAUUGAGAAGGUGAUUAACAUUUGAUUCUGCCAUGUGGUGCUUGAUAAUCUGAAAAGAAACUUUGUUUUCUCGGAGUAUUUCUUUCUAAUUACGUCAUAAAAAAUUUAAAUUGUUUUAAGUAUAAGUAACAUCUUAGUUAAUUUAAUUUUUACUUGAUGUUUCUCUUGAAUUUACAUCUUAUAUAGUGCAACUAACCUAUCUGGCCCGAUGGGCGCCAAUAACACUAAAGACUAGUGUGUUAUUCUCAGUACUAAAGCAUAUAUUUUAGAACAAAAUAAAUGCUAUACUAGCACCACUGCUGAAAGCUACAUAACUUUGUAGGUUUAUACAUGUGGAAACUUGCAUUGACUUUUUUAUAUGUUAAUUACUAAAAAUAUAUUGAUAUUUUCUAAGAUAUCCGAUAUGUAAGUGCUUUCCGUGCGUACAUAUUAUUAUUGCCAUAGGCCAAAUUAUGAGGCCAAGAAGAAUCUAUUUUUAUUUCUGUUGUUGUUAAAAAUACGUGUGAAUAAGUGUUCGGCAUUUAGGUAACUUGAAAUUGAUUUAAUAUUGCGUUUUAUUUAACUCAAAUGAAGGCAAUUUGUAUUAAAAACCAUGGUAACCUCAGUUAAAUUUUUCGUUUUCGUUUUAAUCCAAAAGUACGUAAAUUAAUUUAAAAAGUAAAUAAUUAUUUUGUAUACCAAUUUUUGUUUUAAGGUAUCAUUAAAUUUUUCUAGCACAUUUGCAGCGCUUGUAAAGGUUUGAUUUUGUUUUAAAAUGGUACUUUAAAAAAAAACUAUAAUCGCAGGGAUUGGCCAGUUAGAAAAUUGAUUGUUUUUUUUUAAUCGUUAUGUGGUGCACCGUAGAGGUUGUCUAUGGUGUAGGACCCGAUCAUUUCUGCUUAUCCGGUUUAUUUCAACCUUUGUGAUAGAUUGUAAUUUUAUAAUUAUAAGAAACGUUUGACAUCAAAUAGAUUAAGUUUUGUAAAUAUUGAUAAUAAAUUAAAAUAUAUAAUU